UUUAACUGUUUGAGAUGGAGUUGUACGACGGAUGUAUUUUCUCCGAAGCAGCUUGCUCUUCUGGUUUGAGCCUGGGUUUUAGUGCAAGAAAUUGAAUAACAAAUACGAAAUACAUCGGGACUAACAUAAGCCAUUGUAUUGCUUUUAAACUGAUAAGCGUUAAUAUGACACAAAGAGAAUUAUGUUUAGGCAAGAUAAUCUGUCAAUAACACAAGCAGCUGGUAGUGGAAUGAUGAGUUGAUGAUGUUAUUUUUACGCAAUAACUCGGCCAGAUUCGCUCCGAAUUAUCCGCGAUGAAGCGGAAGCUGAACUAUCCGAACGUGACGAAUGUGGCACAGAUUCUGCUCAAUCGCAACUACAGCGACAUCGAGCACAUCCUCAAAAACCGACUGAAAACGGCACCGCAGUUCAUCGACAAGAUCGAACUAGAGGCGGAACUAAAAGGGCACAGCGGUUGCGUCAAUUGUCUGGAAUGGAGCACCAAUGGUCGCAUCCUGGCCUCGGCUUCCGACGAUUUCCACGUGAUGCUGUGGGAUCCCUUCACCCACAAGCAGAUUCUGGAUUUGGCGACCCCUCACGAAGGGAACAUUUUCUCGGUCAAGUUCCUGCCGAAGCGAAACGAUUCGAUCCUGCUAACCGGUGCCGGGGACUGCAAAAUGUACGUUUUCGACAUCAACCGGGGUGAAUUUCCCAUUCGGAAGUGCACUUGCCAUGGCCAGCGGAUAAAGCGUCUGGCAACAACGCCGAAACUGAUCCAUCUGUUCUGGUCCGCGGCGGAGGAUGGCCGAGUGCUGCAGCAUGACAUGCGGACGGCCCACACAUGCCGGGCCAACGACGCUAAUGUUCUCAUCAAUCUGAAAAAUCACAUCAACGAAAUGCCCGAGGUGAAGUGCAUCGCCAUCAAUCCACACCGGCCGGAACAGAUGGCGAUAGGAGCAAACGAUUGCUACGCGAGGAUCUACGAUCGUCGGAUGUUGUCGUUGAUGAAGUUCAGCACCGUGGUGGAAGCCAAACCAAAUGAACAUGACACGGACAACGUCCCACGGGAAGGAUGUGUCCAGUACUACUGUCCGGGGCACCUCAGCCGAAACAAAGGCACCGUGUACUCCAUCUUCAACCAGAAAGCCAUCACCUACCUGACGUUCAGCCCGGAUGGUUCCGAGCUGUUGGUCAACAUGGCUUCCGAGCAGAUAUACCUGUACGAUCUGAAUCGCCCGCGGGAACCCACGUUCCUUAAACUGCCGAAGUUCACCGACCCGAUCAACGGAACCAACGGAACGACAGUGAAAAAUGGCGAGAAAAUCAAACACAAACUCGCACCGGACGUGGAACACAUGAAGAAGGAAGGCAACGCCAACCUGGAGAAGGAAAAGUAUCUGCAGGCGAUACAGCAGUACACUCUGGCCAUCCGGAAGGCCCAGGAGAAGGACUGCUCCGCACUGUACCUGAACCGAGCGACGGCGCUCAUGAAGAGGAAUUGGUUCGGCGACGUGUACGCAGCGGUGCGCGAUUGCCAGCGGGCUCUGCGCCUAGAUCCCCACUACGUCAAAGCUCACUUCCGGUUGGCCCGGGCUCUGCUCAAACUGGGCCAACUGCAGGACGCAUCCGAAUGUUUGGCCGAACUGAUCAAACGGUUUCCGUCGUAUGCGAAAAACCACGGCGUCCUAAUGCUGGACAAGGACAUCGAAGCCGAGCUGGAAAAGCAACGCCAGCGGCAACGGGAACGACCGCAGGAGUCCGAUGCCGAUCAGUACUCGGUGAAUGAGUUGGCAUGGCGGGCAGCUGCUCUAGACUAUGAGGACCGAUUUGUCGGUCAUCUCAAUACUAAGACAGAUAUCAAGGAGGCAAACUACUUUGGUGAUGCGAAUUACAUCGUGGCUGGCUCGGACGACGGCAAUUUCUUCAUCUGGGAACGGGACAGCGGAAUGAUAUCCGCCAUCUACCAAGCGGACGAACUGAUCGUAAACUGUGUGCAACCCCACCCGUACGAGUGCCUGCUGGCCACGAGCGGGAUCGACCACGAGGUCCGCCUGUGGUCGCCGCAACCGUUCGAAAAAGUCCCCGUCAAACACCGGCUGGACGUCGUCGACGGGACCGUCAACGAGAACCAGAACCGCAUGCAAUCCGAUCCGUUCGACACGCUGGCCCCGGAUCAGGCCAUGUGCCGAGCUAGUUAGCUUCUGAUUGCUGAUCCAACAACCCAUGUGAUCGAGUGUAGGACUAUUAAAUUAUUUGCUAUAACGGUACGAUUUUUAUACAGCUGAGCGAGUGCCGAGCCGCCAGUGACCACCCCCGAACGUGACGCAUCUGAAAUUCGUUACAUGCCCACGAACCCAUGAAUUAUAUUAACCCACAUGAUUGUUACUACCAUUAUACCGCAAUACUAAAUAACCCUUCUCACUAAACCGGUUAAAAUUGUCAUCCGUUAGUACAUAGUAGUAGUACAUAGAUCAGAAAAUAGGAAUUGCACGCUAUAAAUAAGGUGACCCAAAACGUUAUGAAUCCUCAGCAACUGUUUACAGAGGAUUCAAUUAUUUUCGGUUUGCUCCGUUCUGGCAGAAAGUGACGUUAGAUGCUGUUGUGUAGUACCUACUACUAUUGAAUGCAGGAAAAUUUUGUGAUUUAUGUUUUUGGGAUGUGAUUUUGGUUUCGAUCUUUUACGAUUAGUUCGUAUUUGACAUUAGUUUAAUAUAUUUUACAUUUUUGUUUGAAAUCCUUUAAUUUGUUUUUUUUAUUAUUCUAAUCAGAUGAUGAAAAAUUACUUCAUGAAAAUAGCGUCGUGUUCUUAUCGGUUGAACGUACCGGAUUAUAAUAAAGUACAUUGAACUAUUACA